UGUAAGCCACGCCCUUUCAGCCACGCAGCAACAUGGCGACGCACGGAAGCGCACAGCGAAGAAGCAGCGGCGUUUAUGCCUGUUUUUCCCUUUUGGUUCUUCAUUUGCUUCUCACCAGAUGUGUUUUAGCAGAGGAGGGGAAAAAAACGAUAAGUCCAACAAUCAAUCCCCCUAAGCCUGUAGAUGUUAAAGGUUCCUCAGAAACCACAAAACAGAAAACAGCAGACCCAGUUGUUUCAACGCCGGCAAAUCCAACUGAAGCUUCUCAUAAUGGCACAGAAAAACCGCCACCUGCAAAUGCUACAGCAGAAAUGCUAGGAAACCAGCAAACAAACAACAAGAAGGAUGUAAAUUCUGCUGUUGAUAACAACAAAACAGCAAUUGACACCAAAACACCGGUUAUACGUCCUACAACACCUCCAGCCACAACUGUAAAGAAUACUCAAACAACAAAAGAUACAACAAAACCAAAAUCUGAGUCGGACGCCCCACCAACGAUGCCCCACACUUCAGCCCUGCCGAGCAUCGAUCUGGCUACUGAGUUUGAUUCCAUCGCGACAGAGACGUUAGACGGCGAUGAAGAAGAAGGUGAUGAUGAGGACAAAGAUCUCCUUACUGACAUCAGCAAAAAUCUGGCUGACAAGCAACCUGACAAGAAAAAAGAUCUGAUACACAUUGAGGAAGUGGACAACUACAAUGCUGAAGAUCAGGACUCCCACUUCUUCUUUCACCUGGUCAUUCUGGCCUUCCUGGUGGCCAUCGUCUACAUCACCUAUCACAACAAGAGAAGGAUUCUUCUCCUGGUCAAGAGCCGGCGGUGGAAAGAUGGUUUAUGUUCUCGCGACACCGUGGAGUACCGCCGCUUGGACCAGAACGUCAACGAAGCGAUGCCGUCUCUCAAGAUGACCAGUGACUACAUCUUUUAAUCAAGCUUUACUGAAAUGAUGCAACCAGGUUGAGAUGCUUUUUGGUAGAUGGUUUCUAUGGCUUAACGCGUCAAAGGAAGAGAAGAUGACCCGAAUGUUGUUGGUUUUUUUUUAGAGUUUUAUAAUUUCUCAAUCUUUUUCCCCCCACAUUUUGGGAUGUUUUUGUUUAUGGAACUUUUCACCCUAUUAACUAGAAUCCUCUUCUAUUUUUUUUACUUUGGAAAUGUAUUGAGAUAAUUUUUUGUUAACUGAUUUUCUUGGAGAGUGAUUGACAGAUGUAUGCAUAAUUAUACCAAUCAAACAUCAGACGGAAAUAAUGGGAAGGUCCUCCUGCUCCAAAGGUUGAAUUCUGAGCUGAAAGCUCAGAUCAGUGGAAGUGUGAUCAAAUAAAUGUAUUCUUGAGCUUUUCUGGUUCAGACCGGCUUUACAAAGAUGCGACUCUCAUCCUUUAGCGCUGAAGCUCACGAGUUUAGAGGAAAGACACUUUAGCAGCUUCAGGUACGUCAUAGUUAUUACAGAUUCAAUCAUCUUUUUAAAUUGAAUAUAUAAUAUUCAAUUAAUUCUUGCAACUAACUCAUGAUAUCAGCGUGCAGUCUGAGAAAUUGCAUAUUUUUUUUACAAAUAUCACCAUGUUUUGAGUUAUUUUAAAAUCAUUUUUUAUUUACUUUUAAAUAAAUAAACGUCCUUUUUCUUUCAAUGUUCUCAGAUUGAGCAACAAGUAAAAUGAAAGUGGUUGAAAUGACUCAUUUCUGCACGAGCUGAAGCCAUUUCUGCACAGAUUGUUUCUUCUUUUUCUUUGUUAGUUUAAAAAGUUCACUUUAUAUCUAACUUCAGAAGUACCUCCACUGGGUUUACGGCUCACACGAUGCUAUGCAGAAAUCCUGCAGCUGGCCUUCUUCCUUUACGGCUUCAAUGAAGUCCCCGCCGUCACACCUGAACCCGGACAUGUCUGCGUGCUCUGGGGCGAGGCGGAGAACCUUUUAUUUGCCUCUCCUAAGUGAGCGGCGGCCUCAUCCCUGUGUGGCCCACCAAGCCAUAAAACACCCCCCAACGCAUGAAAAUAGAAUCGAUCCAUCUUUAUUGCCAUCCUCUUCUUCAUUGCACAUCUGUUGCCUUUCAAUGUGUACAACUAAUCGCACAACUGCUAUUUGUUUUUAGGUGUGUUGCCAUUGUCUGGGAUGUUUCGGGCGUCCCGUCUGUAUGCGAGGUCUAUGCGGGUGGAUGGAUUUUGCACUGUGCUGCUCAGUCAUGCUAGCUAAGUCAUAAAUGGGAAGUUUUCCAGAUGUUUAGCGCUGCUUUUUAAAUGAUCUAAAAUUGUACAAUCUUUUUUUGUUUUCUUCAAUAAAGCACAAAUUAUCUAAA